AGUGACUCCUUCCUCACCUCGUGGUUGCCGCGUACCGGUCGCUGCUGGGAGUUCUUGCUGGUAUUUUUCUCCUUUGUGGGGAUUAAACGUUAAGUACCACCAGGUUUGAGUGCUGUUUUAAGUAUCGCGCAGCUGCAAGCUAGGCAACGGGAUCUGCGCUCUAGAGACUUUGCUGCUGCCCCGUGGUUCGUGCAUCCUCGAAACAACCAGCUGGCAGCCAUGAACGAAUGGAUGAGGAAAGGCCCCUUAGAAUGGCAAGAUUACACGUACAAAGAAGUCAAAGUGACAGCCAGUGGGAAGGAGUAUAAAGGAUGGGUUUUAACCACAGACCCAGUUUCUGCCAAUAUUGUCCUUGUGAACUUCCUGGAAGACGGCAGCAUGUCUGUGACUGGAAUUAUGGGCCAUGCUGUGCAGACCGUUGAAACUGUGAACGAAGGGGACCACAGAGUCAGAGAGAAGCUGAUGCAUUUGUUCACAUCCGGAGACUGCAAGGCCUACAGCCCUGAGGAUCUGGAGAAGAGAAGGAAUAGUGUAAAGAAAUGGCUCGAGAAGAACCACAUCCCCAUCACAGAACAGGGAGAUUCACAAAGGACUCUGUGUGUGGCUGGGGUUCUGACUAUAGACCCGCCCUAUGGUCCAGAAAAUUGCAGCAGUUCUAAUGAGAUUAUUCUGUCCCGUGUUCAGGAUCUUAUUCAAGGACAUCUUGCAGCUUGCCAGUGAGAGGCCAAGACUUGUGGAUUCAUCGAUUGAAAUAACACUUCAUUUUUAUUUUUUCCUUCAUAAAAUGUUUUGAAUGUUAAAUCCACCACCAUACUAUAAGACUUCAAAGCCACACAGUUGAGUGUGUGUGUGUGUGUGUGUGUUUGAGUUUUAAUUUUCUGUUGUUUUGGAAAAAUCAAGUGGAUUUGGAUGUGGAUUAUGAGUGUUAAUAAAUAAGCGAACUAUGGCAAGGUUAGCCUCACAUGCAACAAAAUAGCACGAGGACGUUAGAAUUCUGUCUUUUUUGGUGGGAGAACACCUCCAUUUUUGUUAGGCAAGAAAUGUAUUGGGAACUAACGCAACAUGUUAGAUUCAAUAUAAAAAGUCUUAUUAAGUC